AUUAAGAAGGUUGAGGGAGCGCGUGUUGGCAGGAGUGGGCGAGGUGUCAACAGUGCCACCAGACCAGGUGUGUGUAGGGCUAUAUUGGGCACUUCUCGCUGCCCCGGGCACGUGCUCCUCUCCUCCUCUGCCUCCAUCACAACCACCAUCAACAUGCAGAACCCAGAUGAAGAUACAGAAUGGAAUGACAUUCUUCGGAAGAAAGGUAUCCUGCCACCCAAGGAACCAGAGGUGACCGAGGAAGCUCUGGCUGAAAUGUUGGAGCAGACUAUUCAAGAAAAACAGAGCACAGAAGCCAGAUUAGGAAAGUUGUCAUUGGAUGAAUUAGAAGAGUUGGAAGAUGAAGAAGAUGAGACCAUCCUUCUCGAGUAUCGUCGUAAAAGAAUUGCAGAAAUGAAAGCUGAGGCAGCAGCAAACAAGUUUGGAGAGGUUGGAGAAAUUAGUGCCGAUGACUACGUAGAGAAAGUGAACAAUGCUGGUGGUGGUGUGUGGGUGUUCCUACACCUUUACAAGCAAGGAAUACCCAUCUGUGCACUCAUCAACCAGUACCUGUCAAGACUAGCAUACAAGUACCCUCAGGUGAAGUUCUUGAAGGCGAUAUCUACAACGUGCAUUCCGAAUUUUCCUGAUCGCAAUCUUCCUACUAUCUUUGUUUACUUUGAGGGCCAGAUGAAAAGGCAGUUCGUUGGGGCUGCUGAGUUUGGCGGAGAGAAGCUCAAAUAUGAAGAGCUAGAGUGGAUAUUGUCACGCACAGGUGGUUUUAAAACAGAUUUAGAGUCUGAUCCCCGCGGCCCAAGAAUAAAGGAUGUGAUGAUGAACUCGAUCCGUGGCUACAAGGAUAGUGAAAGUGAUAGCGAUGAAAAUGAUUGGUGAAGCAGCAGUACUGUAUUUGAAUGCAUUAAUAUUUUUACAAUGCAAUAAUUAUUUGAAAGUAAUAAAGACUAUCGUGUUACUUUUGCCUGUUUGCAAAAUAUACAAUUAGGGAUUAAAAUUAUUUCUGCAUUGUAUGGGGUUCAAGAUUCAUCAUGCUUUGGUGGUAUAGACUAUUUUGUAUACAACAAAAUUGAAUGUUAAAAUCAAGCAUUGAUAAAUGUAAAACAACAUUGAGAAAGUACACUGUAUGCCGGCUGCGGAACUUUAAAAUGACAUUGUUUCGUGUCAGGUUUUUAAAAUUAUGCAGUUCAUUGUAAGUGAAAAGUAAGGCAGGCUUUUAAAUAAAAAGUAAAGCUUU